UGCCUACAACUUUUUUUUCUCUCGCAUGCUUUGAAAUAAAUCUACCCUAAGCAGGACAGACAAGGCAUACCACAGGCCCCUCUCAUGCAAAAGGUGUUGCGUUUGGAAGCCACUCCCAGCUCUGUGAGAGCCCCACACCUGCUGGUACCAUUUCACUCCUUAUUACUGCUUUUAUCUCCUCUGAAAAACUGCAGCAAGUCAAAGCAGCGGGAGCCUGGCCCCUGAUGCUCCAUAGACAUGGAUACUGACCCUAUCUUUGCCUUCAGUUUGUCUACUGCAUGCCACACCUGGUUCUCCCUUUAUUGCCACUAUACAACAAACCCUGCCAGGUCGGGUUACUGCUCUGUUAUCUGGCUCUUCUAAGCCAUAUGUUGAAGCCCCCCCUGAGGACGCCCUCGUGUAGCAUUUCAGCUCCUGGAGACCAAGAGGUCUUUCAUUGGGACAGGAACAGCGAUGGGAGCAACAGCAGCUGAAAAGCGUUAUGAGUUGGCUCUGUGCUACAAGGUCCUUUCCCAUAAGAGAUCUUCAGCCAAACGGAGCAGCGGCGAUUGAAAGCGCAAUGAAGUAGCAGCAUCUAUCUGCUAGCAGGGUGCACGCGGGCAGCCCCACACAGCCACUGCUGGAGGAUGUAUGCCCGCAGGAGCCCCGUGGGCACCGACAGCAGGUAUCCUGCUGCAGAGUCCUGCUUGCUCCCAGCAAUGCGAGUUUCACCUGUGCUCCCUCUUGUCUUUGCACUGGCAUGUGUCGGCAUAAACAUGUCCGCUACGGUUGUCAAGGAGUCAGAUAACAUGUGUGAAGAAACAAAGGCCCUGCAAGGAAUCCCAGAUGCAACAGUCCUCGUGGGAAAGAUAUUCUGUUAUCCAGUGCCAGUAUUUGCCUUUCAGGGAACGAUAGCUCAGUACAAGGUCACUUUAGCCAGUGGUGCAAAUUUGCCAAGAUGGCUGGACUUCAACCCCAACACAAACAUGCUGCAGGGACUGCCAAUGACUGGGGAGAGCGGAGCAUACCUGCUGAGCAUAACUCCCUCUGGAAUAACGUGCACUCAGAGAGCUGCUGUAAAGUUCACCAUUCAUGUUCAGGACAGCGUUUUGUUCCUGGACACAGAGAACAGCUUGAACCACAUACCAAACAGGCACCAGUGUGGGAAGGAAGUUCCCGUCACUUCUGCUGAAAUCAUUCUCUCUACUGGAGCCAAAACCCUGGAAGCACAGGAACGCCUCUACAUCGUGUACACGGUCGCUGAAUAUCUCCAUCUGAAUUCCUCCCUAGUAACCUUGUUGCAGUACACAGAUAUGGUGCACAGAAACUUGCAGAACCUGACUGUGCUGGCCAGAGACACUUCGCACAUUGACUUCACAGUGAACCGUUACGUAGGACUCUCCUGGCCCAUCAAGUGCGGAGAGCUUGCUGUGCUCCACGAAUUCAUUCAAGUCCUGCAACGCAACAUUGAUUCACAUCACCUCUCACAACUUCUAGGAUAUGAAAUUUCAGGCUGGAGAAUUCUUAGGAGAGGGAGUUACAAAAGAAAGUCUCCAAGACAACAGCGCAGGAAAUUAAUGAUCACACCAACGCCUACAAUGAAAGUAAUUAGAAUUACCCAGAGACCAGCUGCAGUUGCUCCCCAUCCUUUGUUCUCUGCUGUGCCAAGUCAUUUACUCUUACAGCUUGCUGUAUCAUCUACCCAGAGUUUAUAUAAAGAGAGCAUAGCAACACCAAGUUACAAGUUGCAGAAUAACAUCCAUCUUGUAAGUCAAGAAAGUUUAGUCACCUUAAAACUGGACUCAGCAUGGGACAUGCCAACUCACGAUCCAACAGUAGUUGUUAUGUUUGGAGACACUAGCUCUCCAGAUCUUUCACCUUCACUGGUUCCUAAAUCAAUGCUUCUCUUCACUGAGCUGGAAGUGCUGCCCACCAGAGCUCCUGGCAUGUCCUUGCUGCUCUGGCAACCUGAGACUCACGUGCCUCAGACAGACUCAUGUUUCCAUUCUCGUAAAACAGAAGUAUAUGGAUCCCAUCUCCUACAGGACAUCACUUCAAAUACAGACUUGUUUUCCAGGCCUAUUUACACUUUGAUGAUAAACACUCUACAUGAACGGCUUCAUGCCUUGGCAGAGGCACUUUCUUCAAAGACAGAACUUCAUGUAUUUUUGCCACAAGUAAUGUCAACACCAGAAAUGCCAGAUUACAGUGAUAAGGCAAAAAGCCACUUUCCAAAAUCUGAAAUGCUUUCUAGUGCAUCUCCGUCUCCAGAGAGGUUUCUGUCUCUAUCCCCAAACACUUUGCUAACAGCCACAGCUUCAUCUGAUUUCACAUUUCCCACCAAUUGUGUGUUUACAUCUUCAUCAGCAAGUAGUAGCCCAAGCCAGGAGCUAGCUCAUGGCCAUGAGCAGUUAUCUAAGUCUUCUGUGACUAUGCCAUCAUCCAGUGGGCUUCCAUUUAUUGAAGGGAAAAGCACAGUUUCUUCUGUGAUCCAAUCAGAAGCACAGAACCUCUAUCCCAAAUUGAAUGUCCGUACUGGAAUCUCAGCCUGCUUUUCUAGCUUUUUGUACAGCCCGUUCCCUGGUGAAGCUGAAAUAUCUUACGAAUCAAGUCUGCUCAUUCUGUCCCAUCCUGAUAGCACUCCAGUUCUUAGUCUUACACCACCAAAUAUACACUCUACUUAUGGUGGUAGCAUGCUCAAAACAAAGAUGCAGUCUGCAAGUAUUUUAUCCACAAAGGAAUUGCACUCGGGCAGAGAUCUGGGAACAGGAAUGAUUUUGCCAAACAUCACUGAGCCUACCCUGGAGUCACACAAAAUCUCAGAUGUCAUAGGUGAUGCCACAGAAGUACCCCUGGUGACUUUAUUUACUGCCACUUCUCGUCUGUUCAGCAGUGUGCCAGAGCUGAUUCAGACGCUACCACCAUCACACCAGGAUGCAAGCACCUUGCAAUUUCCUACCGAUGAAACACUACAGUCUACAGAAAGUAUAUGGAUUCUUCCUCCAUCUUCUAUUUCACAAGAGCUUCAGAAUAAAACCCCAGGGCAAACAAACACUUCUCCAAAGGUCAUUCAUUCAAUCCAAUUCAUAACAGCAACCAUUGGAUGCCUGUUCUCUUUUCCUGUAUCUGCCAACACAUUUUAUGAUGAGGAAGACGGCAAUUCAACUCAGUUAUCUUUACAAUUAAUUCCAUCUGAUGGCUCUCCAGUGGGAUCAGAAAGCUGGCUUCAAUUUAAUGUGUCUCAGCAGAUCAUGCAUGGCUAUCCGCUUGAUAUUGACUUCCAGUAUUCACCCCAAGAGUUCGUGCUGUCUGCCACAGAUUCAGGGGGACUGACUGUCUGGCAAUCCUUUACCAUUGAGCUUCUGAAGCCCACGCAUGUACCGUGCCAUUUUUACACCAUCAGAAUCAAAAACAGCUACUACUCCUUCUUGAGAGAGAGGAAAAGAAUUCGUUUAUUUCUAGAGAAGCUCUCCUUGUAUUUGAACUCCACCAAUCCCAAAGACAUCGUGGUGACCACUCUCAAACCUGGCUCCACACUAAUCUCAUGGUACAACAGUUCGCUGUGUACAAGUGCCAACAGACCUUUCAGCUGGUGUGCAAAAGAGGAAAUCCAGGAAGCACUAAACAAACUACGAGUGCCAGAUGGAUACGUUAGCCCACGUUUCAUCCAAGCAAUGUUACCAGAAUACAAGAUUGAUGUCAUCUUCAACAUUUCAUAUAGUGAUAACUGCUUUCCCACUACAAAGCCAUUUGGUGGAUCUUUCAACAGUACUGUGCCUACGCUUCAAGGCUGGAGUGACUCCAAUAUCAUAAAGCCCCCAUCAGCCUUACUAAGCAGUCUUUGUGUCACUGUUGGGCUGAUUCUGCUUGCAUUAGUUUACUGUUCUUGCAAGUAUUACAGCAAGAUUCCUGAAUCCAAGUUUAUGACAUCUCAGAGCAACUCCCAACUUAGCCAUGCUGAUGUGGCAAUGGAUGUCCUGCAGCCUCGCAAAGUACCUGUACAUGAGUGUGGAGGAUCACCCUCACCUCCCUUAUGGCCGCCACCUUUUUUAUCACUUACCUCCCCAGAGCAGAAUUCCAGGUCAGUAAGGUUGUCUCAUAUCAUACCAUCUUCCCAGCCACCAAAAUAUCAAUUCCCACCCCGUUAUCAAGAAGGUACAACUAUUCAAGUUGACCAGGGCAGUGGCUGUAGAUUUAAGAUGACAUCUUCUAAACAAUAGCAAGAGCAAAUAUACAAAUAGACAAUUUGUAUGCUAGGAAGUACUGUCCUUAUCGCACAGGAAAAAAUAAAAAAAGGCUAAGUGAAUUUUUAAAUUUCAGGUAGGACAUAAGUUACAUAAGCUAUGCCUAAUGAAGAGGCAUAAGAAGAAUCAGAAUCCUGAAACUAAGUAUUAGAACAAAAUGCCAAAUACAUAAGGUAAAGUUAUCUACAGAUAGGGCAGACAGACCAACGUGUCCGUACCAGUCAAUCAGAAAAUGUAUACCAUACUGAUGCUAGUAGGAACGAGCCAGAGUUGAGUAAAACCAACUCCAUUAUGACUCCAUACUUUUUGUGAAGAAACAGCAGAACUGUCAGGAGAACCAUAACAAAAGCCAAUGUUUCCACUGAAAUUUGAAGGUCCUACAAGCCCCAAGUCUCUUUGUUUCCCUAUAAUUACAUCAGUAUUUAAAAAAAAAACAAGAACUCCCUAACAUGAAUCUCUUCUCUUCCCAUGUAAUUGUGUAAUGCACUUUUAAAAUUAAAUUUUCAAGUUACCAGCUUGCUUUCUUAUCACAAGACUGGCCCUUACUCUGCUUCUAUCCAUGACAACUCAAGGAUGAUGGUAGAAAAAAUCGCAUAAAAGAAUUUGUAAAAACUUUUCAGAGAUUUUGGAAAUCUUUCAGUUUAACAGAUUUACAAAGUUUUAUCCAUUACUUCCAAUCGUAAUGUAUAAACUACUUUAAAAUUGCAAAAAUCCUCCAUGAAUUUGGUCUGUUGGCACAUCAUACUAUGAAAGUACCACUAAUACCACCAUUUAGAAAGGAGAUGCAUAUUGAGUGCCCUUUCCAGAAUUACCAGAAAACUAUACUGGAGAGGGUGGAUAGCCAGACAUCAUGAAACCAUUGACAUUACAACUGCAAUGAAACAGUUUUAAAUUUUGUCCUUCAGGCAAUCAUAAAAUGACAUAUAUACAGGUUCUGGUCUUGUUCACUCUCAGAAUCAGACAGUUUGCUCCAGUUGAGUCAGUUGCUCUUCCUUUACCCACUGACUCUGUAACUCCAUCAUAAAAGGUCACCAUGUUUGUCAGGCAUGACUUACCCGUGGUGAAGCCAUGUUGGUUACCACCAAUCACCUCAUCUUUAUUUUCCAUGUGCCUUAGUAGGGCCUUCAGGAGGAUCUGCUCCAUGAUCUUGCCAGGCACAGAGGUGAGACUGACUGACCUGCAGUGCCCUGAAUCUUCUUAUUUUCCCUUCUUGAAAAUGGAUCUUAUGUUUCCCCUUUUCCAAUAUGUGGGAACUUCACCAGACUGCCAUGACCUUUCCAAUAUGACGAAUAGCGACUUCACAACUUCAUCCACCAGUUCCCUCAGAAGCUGGGGAUGGAUCUCAUGGGGUCCCAUGGACUUGUGCACCUUCAGGUUCUUUAGAUGAUCUUGAAUCUGAUCUUCACUUACAGCAGGCAGACCUUCCUUAUCCAAGUUGUUACCAUUGCUUUCUGCAGCUUGGGCAGCAUAGCUAGAGCCCUUGCUGGUGAAAACUGAGGCAAAGAAGUCAUUGAGCACCUCAGCUUUCUCCGUAUCCCUCAUGACCAGGUCUCCAGUUUCCUUCUGGAGAGGGCUAACAUCCUUCCUGACCUUCUUUUUAUCUGUUAUAUACUGUAGAAUGUCUUCUUGUUCCCUUUAUGUCCCUGGCUAAAUUUAAUUCUGUCUGGGUUUUAGCUUCCUAACCUGAUCCCUGGCUGCUCCGACAACUUCUUGGUAGUCCUCCCAGGUAACCCGUUCCUGCUUCCACUCCCUACAGACUUUCUUUUCGAGCUUAACUAAGUCCAGGAGCUUCUUGUUGAUCCACAGAGGCAUCCUGGCACUCUUGCCUGCCUUCAUUUUUCUUGGGAUGCACUGCUGCUGGGCUUGGAGGAAAUGGUUCUUGAAUACCUACCAGCUUUCUUAGGACCCUCUUCCCUCCAGGGCUUUCUCUCAUGUCACCCUGCCAAGCAGUUCCCUGAAGAGUUCAAAGUCUGCUCUCCUAAAGUCCAGAGCAGUAAGCUUGCUGUGCACCCUUUUUGACACUCCACCAUUUCAUGGUCACUACAGUCAAGGCCACCCUUGAGCUUCACAUUACUCCCCAGCCCCUCCGCCUAGGUGAGGACAACAUCUGGCAUAGCACCUUUUCUCAUGGACUCCUGUACUACUUUGAAGUUAUCAUCAAUAAGUUCCAGGAACCUCUCAGAUUUCUGGUGCACCGCUGUGUUGUCCUUCCAACAGAUAUCAGGGUGGUUGAAGUCCCCUACAAGGACUACGUUUUGUGAAUGUGAAGCUUCUCCUAUCUGUUCAUAGAGGGCCUCAUCUGUUUGGUCUUCCUGAUCAGGUGACCCGUAGCAGACACCCACCACCAUGUCUCCUUCCCCUGCCUUCCCUUUAACCUUGACCCGUAAGCUCUGUCAGCUUGUCUAUCCCCAGGUGGAUCUCCAUAGUCCCCAGGUGGUCAUUAACAUAAAGGGAAACACCCCUCCCCUUCUCCCCUGCCUAUCUUUCCUAAAGUUUAUACCUAUCUAUUCCUACAUUCCAGUUCUGAGAGUCAUCCCACCAUGUCUCAGUGACGAUAAUGACAUCAUAUCCCUGUAGGUAUGCACAUGCCUGCAACUCCUCCUGUUUGUUCCCCAUGCUCCGUGCAUUGAUGUACAGGCACUCAAGUUAGGCUCCCAUUGAGGCUGAUUUACCAUUACAAUACAUUUUGACACCCAAAGGCAAAGUCAACAAGACGGUAAACAUUUCAAAAGGCACAUUUAUGCUGACAUCUGGAUUUAUCUUUAUUCUUCACUGGGGUCCCAAGUUCCUCACUAUUUACACUGCAUCCAGGCUUCACCCUGUGAUACAAGUCAUGUAGUUUCCCUCACUGAGAAAGCAAACUAUAAGCUAGCCUUGAGCCUGUAGACUAAAAAGUUCUCCCUUAUCUGCUGAAGACCCUAAAGUGCAUAUCCAUUUGCCUUGCACUCUCCCAGAGGCUGCACACAAGGAAACAAAGCUUCUUAGGACAGGAAACCAUAGGGUAACUAUAAUAUCACGGUGUGAUCUCACUGCAACGUUGUAUAGAGGCAACCUACUGAUGAACUCCAACUGAACAGCAUGUAUUGAAGCCAUCCAGCAUACAGGGCAGUCCAGCAAGCACCAACACUGCUCUGGCACAAACAGAUACU